AUGAUGGAAAUUACGCGAGAAUCGAUGUCGUACAGCACAACCCAGCCAGGAGGACGUGCACCACUGGGAGGACGACAGGCCGGAAAUGUCGUCUCACAAGAUCGUAUGUUGAAAAUCGUCACUGAAAUGCGGUCAGGAGCCGGCUCAGGCUUAUCACCAUUUGGCCAAAAUGCGGCCAGUACGAUCCGUGACUCACGUGAGCGAGAAAAGAAGGAAAUGAGUGAUCUGAACGACCGACUUGCAAGUUACAUUGAGAAGGUGCGCUUCCUGGAGGCCCAAAAUCGAAAGCUGGCCACCGACCUGGACCUACUUCGCAGCAAAUGGGGUAAAGACACCCACAAUAUCCGUAACAUGUACGAAGGCGAACUCGCAGACGCUCAAAAGCUCAUCGAAGAGACGAACCGACAACGCAAAGAAUUGGAGCAGCAGAUCAAGAAGAUGCAGGAUGAGCUGGCCGAAAUCAGACGCAAGUAUGAAGAAGCAGUGCGUGGACGUGAGGCCGAUCGUACAAAAAUUGAUGACCUUCUCAUGCACCUUUCCAAUCUUGAGUCAGAAAUUGCACUUCUGAAGCGCCGCAUCGCUCAGCUUGAGGACGAAGUGAAACGUGUCAAGCAGGAGAACCAACGCCUUCUUUCUGAACUGCAACGUGCUCGUACGGAUCUCGACCAGGAAACCCUGAACCGCAUUGACUAUCAGAACCAAGUCCAGACACUUCUUGAAGAGAUCGACUUCCUUCGUCGUGUGCACGAUAACGAAAUAAAGGAGCUGCAGACAUUGGCAUCUCGUGAUACUACACCGGAGAAUCGUGAAUUCUUCAAGAAUGAACUUUCAUCGGCUAUACGUGAUAUUCGUGAGGAGUACGACCAGAUCACCAACGUCCACCGCACUGAUAUGGAAUCGUGGUACCGUUUGAAAGUGCAGGAAAUCCAAACCCAGAGCGCUAGACAGAGCAUGGAACACGGAUACGCGAAAGAAGAGGUGAAGCGUCUCCGCACGCAGUUGAGCGAUCUUCGUGGCAAACUCGCCGAUCUCGAGAGCAGGAAUUCGCUGCUGGAGAAACAGAUCCAAGAGCUCAACUACCAGCUGGAGGACGACCAACGUUCCUACGAAUCAGCCCUCAACGAGCGUGAUGCUCAGAUUCGUAAGAUGCGAGAGGAAUGUCAAGCCCUCAUGGUUGAGCUUCAAAUGCUUCUGGACACUAAACAGACAUUGGAUGCAGAAAUCGCCAUCUAUCGUAAGAUGUUGGAAGGUGAAGAAAAUCGUGCCGGUCUCAAGCAACUCGUCGAGCAGGUCGUCAAGACCCAUGCCAUUUCUCAAGAAAUGGAUACUGAAACGAUGAGAGUUGUGAAGGGCGAGACUGCUUCUCGUCAAUCAUUCCAGCGAUCGGCCAAAGGAAACGUGUCCAUUCAUGAAGCUUCGCCUGAUGGCAAGUUCAUCGUUCUACAGAACACCCAUCGCGCUAAAGAU